CAUACGGAACUAAUUUGUCAAAAUAGGAUAUAAUACGACCAAAUACGGUGAUCCUUCGUAACAUUUGCGCACUCGGAUGCCUCUUUCUUCCUUAUGUGCCGUGGCAAUUAGCCGAACGAAACGGCGCUAUAAAUGUUUUGCUCUCUCGUGACACUUUUAUAUUUCAUCAUUCGACUACCGCGAGGCUACGUCGCUAAUUUCGUGUCGUUUUGUGAAGAGAAGAAAAUCGUGGAAAUCUUGUGAUUGAACGCUCGUGGCUCGAGGCGUGCGAAACAUGCGUUGCGCGCCUGGCCCCCGGUGAGCGCGGCGCGGCGCCAUGGCGGAGGCGGAGGCGGCGGCGGCGCCCGGCGCCAUCGUGAAGGAGGGCUGGCUGCUGAAGCGCGGCGAGCACAUCCGCAACUGGCGCGACCGCUACUUCAUCCUGUUCGACAACGGCGACCUGGUGGGCUUCAAGGCGCAGCCCGAGCGCCGCAACUACCGCGACCCGCUCAACAAGUUCACGGUGCGCGACUGCCAGAUCAUGGCCGUGGACAAGCCGCGGCCCUACGUGUUCACCAUCCGCGGCCUGCAGUGGACCACCGUCAUCGAGCGCAACUUCGCCGUCGACACCGAGAAGGAGCGGGAGGAGUGGGUGGCCGCCAUCCGCUACGUGGCGGCGCAGUUGAGCGCGGCGGGCGCGGCGGGCGGCGCGGGCGAGGCGCCGGCGCCCUUCGCCAGCAUCGCGGACGGCGACGACGGCGACAUCGCGCAGCUCGGCACCAGCUUCCGCGACCCGCGCCGCAUCACGCUGGAGAAGUUCGAGUUCGUGAAGGUGCUGGGCAAGGGCACGUUCGGCAAGGUGGUGCUGUCGCGCGAGAAGGGCACGGGCAAGCUGUACGCCAUGAAGAUCCUCAAGAAGAACCUCAUCAUCCAGAAGGACGAGGUGGCGCACACCAUCACCGAGAACCACGUGCUGAAGAAGGCCAAGCACCCGUUCCUGACGGCGCUGCGCUACUCGUUCCAGACGGCGGACCGCGUGUGCUUCGUGAUGGAGUACGCCAACGGCGGCGAGCUGUUCUUCCACCUGUCGCGCGUGCGCAGCUUCAGCGAGGAGCGCACGCGCUUCUACGGCGCCGAGAUCGUGUCGGCGCUGGGCUACCUGCACGCCGAGGGCAUCAUCUACCGCGACGUCAAGCUGGAGAACCUGCUGCUGGACAAGGACGGCCACAUCAAGAUCGCGGACUUCGGCCUGUGCAAGGUCAACAUCACCUACGGCCGCACCACCAAGACGUUCUGCGGCACGCCCGAGUACCUGGCGCCCGAGGUGCUGGAGGACACGGACUACGGGCCCGCCGUGGACUGGUGGGGCACGGGCGUCGUGCUGUACGAGAUGGUGUGCGGCCGCCUGCCCUUCUACAACCGCGACCACGACGUGCUGUUCGCGCUCAUCGUGGAGGAGGAGGUGCGCUUCCCGCGCGCGCUGUCGGCGCCGUGCCGCGCGCUGCUGGCCGCGCUGCUGUGCAAGGAGCCCGCGCGCCGCCUGGGCGCGGGGCCCGACGACGCGCAGGAAAUCAUGCAGCACCCCUUCUUCGCGGCCAUCAACUGGGCCGACCUGCUGGCCAAGAAGAUCCCGCCGCCCUUCAAGCCGCAGGUGGACUCGGACACCGACACGCGCUACUUCGACUCCGAGUUCACGGGCGAGUCGGUGGAGCUCACGCCGCCCGACAGCGACGCCGGCCUGGCGCGCAUCCAGGAGGAGCACUUCCCGCAGUUCAGCUACCAGGUACCGCCCUUCCCCCUCCUCCCCUCGCGCCGCAGGUGACGGGACUCGCAGUUCACGGGCGAGUCGGUGGAGCUCACGCCGCCCGACAGCGACGCCGGCCUGGCGCGCAUCCAGGAGGAGCACUUCCCGCAGUUCAGCUACCAGGUACCGCCCUUCCCCCUCCUCCC